GUGAGAUUCGUGCUGAUACUGUUUCAUUAAGGCCUAUCGAGCCGCGCGAUGUCUGUCCGGUGAGGGAUGCGCGGUCCUUGUCUUGCUCAACGUGCGGCAGUGAAGCAUCCUCAUGGGCUACGUCAGACAGAAAUGAAAACACGUUUGGCGGGAGGUCCUGGCUGCGCUCAUACGCACUCCAGGUUCCCGACCAAUAAAAGGGGUCUUGUGCUCCCCGGAAGCGAGCCAGUUUCGACGAGCUCUUUCGCAAAAGCGCACUGUUCCGCGCGAGUGACCAAAUGGCGACGCGGGUCUUCGCCUUCAUCAUCGGUGUCGACAAGUACAAGUCGGGGCGCAUAUGGAACCUCGAGUCCUGCGUCGACGACGCGAAGAGCAUCAAGCAUUGGCUCACUCGCGACCUCCACGUCCCGCGAGACCAGAUUUGCCUCCUCCUCGACUCUGAUGCUACGAAGCGUAGGAUCGAAGAGAAGUUCACGGGUCAUCUCAUCAAUAACCCAGCCAUCGAGCCGGGAGACGCUAUUCUCAUCUACUUCGCAGGCCAUGGCAGCCGGGUGCGCUCUCCUGCUGGCUGGUACCAGCAUGGCCUUGGCGAGGUGGAGGUCCUGUGCCCCUAUGACCAUGACACUCGCGCAGCGGAGGGUCGCGUUGCGGGGAUAUCAGAUCGCUCGCUACACGCCAUGAUCGAGGACCUCUGUCGCACUAAGGGCGACAAUAUCACGCUCAUGCUCGAUACCUGCUUCUCCCCUCUUCGCUCCUAUGAAGGAGCUGGCCCGAAACACGUUCGCUACACCGCCACUGUCAAGGCAUCUCCGAACGAUCUCCUUUCUGGGCUUUGGCGCAGCGCGACCAAGCAGCCAGGCCAGAAGAACGCCAGUCGCGGCUUCACUGGUUCCAGCUACGCUAGCCACGUCGUCUUGGCGGCAUGUGGCUCCGGAUGGUUCGCGUGUGAAGGCAAAUCUGGGGGCAACUUCACCCAUGCCCUCAUGACUCUGAAGGAGCGCGUCGCCUUGCACAAGCUCACUUAUGACGAUCUAAAUACCGAGAUCUCGACUCUCAUGGUCGAUCACCAGAGCGCGGUCUCGUUGGGCAGGCACACCGAUCGCAUCCUCUUCGACGGCAUACCCUUCGUGCCCGACGGGCGUUACAUCUCCAUCGACGUCUACGACGACGAGAAGGUGCGCGUCGAGGCUGGCGCGAUUCAUGGGAUCAUGGAGGGUACCGAGUUCAGCAUCCACCACCAUAACCAUCGUGGCUCUCUGAACCCGACUCUGGCGCUUUACUCCGCUGUCGAAGUCUUUCCCACCUGGUGUCUCGCGCGGUGCAAGUCAUCUGCCAAAUCAGCUCUGGCAGUACGCCACGGGUGGGCGCGCAUCACGCGCUGGAACAACCGCACACCCUUCCGCGUCCAUAUCCGCAAAUCCCUCUUCUCCCUUUGUCGACGCUUCCGCCUGCGUCAUCUCAUCCCAUCUGACGCAGAACAAGCAGUGACUAAGGCUGGCUUGAACAUGCUGCGCGUGAAAACUGCCUACCAGGCAGACGUGUCCGUCCAGCUUCGCAAGCGGGAGCUCGUCCUGGAGAGGCAUGACCCCGUCAUCGCUUCGAACGCUCGUCGCGUCAUCCGGCUUCCGAGUCGGCGAACCAGUGGCGACGUCAAGAUCGUGGAUGAUGCUGCGCGGUUCCAUUUGCACCUUCAUCGCAAGAACCCAGAGAACCCGCUGCUCGAUCUUGUAGCCAUGGAGCUGUACAGACUGGACGCGUCCACCUGGAAGCGCACUAGCUGCAACAUGAUCGUCGACGGAACAGCUGAGCUCGAAGACGACGAGAAGAGCUCGAUCUACGCCGUCGUCUUGCACAACUACUCCGACUAUGACCUCUGGCCGUACCUCGCCUACAUGGACGCUAGCGGCUACGGCAUCAACAUGGUCUAUCACCCCAAUCCGUCGGCCUCGAAAGACCCUCCUCUUCGCAAGAACUCGUUCAUGGUCAUCGGCGAGACGGAGUCAGAGGCUCUUUCGUUCUCCCUCGCAGGAGGAGCAGACGUCGGCGCGGGCUUCCUCAAGCUGUUCGUGUCAACCACGUUCACGCCCAUGAGGUUCAUCGAGCAAGGUUCGCUCGCUGCGGUACCUUCCAACACACCACGCGGGGCUGGCCGCCCGCCCUUCAGCUCCAACCCUGACGCCGGCACUGCGGAGGUGUGGGAUUCUAUCGUCGCAUGUGUCACCGUCGUCCGGAAGGUCGACAAGGAUUGUUGACUAGGCCUUCUCUUCUCGAUCCACCAGAAGGAUCAUCCCAGUAACUACAACUUAUAUGCGGCGAGGCAGGCUUCCCGCAGCCUGGCUGUAAGUAUACAAUGCGGCGAGAUGGCGCCCUCAAUUCAAUAAGCCGCUGUAUCAUUAUGCGUCCUUCCCUA